AUGGCCUUGAACCCUUUAUUGACAGCCUCAGGGCAGCCGAGGAUCCCACUGGUUCCCUCACCAUUUGAACCUCCAACUAUGGAUAGGGAUUUAUUGCCUUCCACUGUACCUCCAACUGACCCAAGACAGUUUUGUGUUCCUUCCCAAUUUGGAUCCUCUGGUCUACCAAAUACAAAUAUGCCGAACCUGCUGUCCAACCGUGUCUACUCAGGUUGGGGCAUUUUACCACCUGAAUCCAUAAAGGCAAUGGCUAGAAGGAAUGAAAUGAUUCAGAGGCAGCAUACUGCCAGGAUGGAAAUGGAAAUGCAUGCCGUUUACCAGCAAAGGAGAAUAGAAAAAGUUAAUCCCAAGAGACUAGCAGGCCUAGGGCUACCAUUCCUCUGUGGCUCCAGUAUCCCAGUUAGCCCAGCCGCCUACCAUGGCAGAGGCUUGCUCCCUGCCAGUGACCUGCAUUUUCACAGAAGUGCCCUGAGAAACCUUCAGGGGAACCCCAUGCUAGUGACAACUGGUCCACGCUUUCUAGAGAGCUGGGGCCAGAAAUGUCGUCGUCUCAGGAGAGGUACAGGGAAUCAGAAAGUUCUAGACAGUGAUAAUGAGAGUUCCAAAAGUCAAGCAGAAGAGAAAACCCUAGGUCAGACUCAUGCUAUUCCCUGUGAAGAGGAUGAGUAUGCAAAAGACCCGGAAACUGAAGCUCUCAACCAUCAGAAGUCCAGCAAAACCAAUGAAAAGCCAGGCACAGCUCUUGCCAACACCUGUGGAGAGCUGGAGAUCACCCAUAGAAAGCCCUGGGGAGCUCGCGGUGCUCUCCUUGAAGCAAAGGCCUGGGACAGUGACAAAGAGAAGGCUUCAGAGCAGAUUUUUGCAGCCUGUAGUGAAAAGACUGGGCUUUACCCCCCAGUUCCUCGACCACCUCUGCCAGGAACACACACACUGGUUACAACUGGGGAAAAUCUGUCUUUGGAUGAAGAUAUUCAGAAAUGGACCGUGAAUGACGUGCACGACUUCAUUAGUGGCCUGCCAGGUUGUUCAGACUAUGCUCAGGUAUUUAAAGAUCACGCAAUUGACGGAGAAACUUUACCAUUACUCACAGAGGAGCAUCUUCGAAGCACGAUGGGAUUAAAGCUAGGGCCGGCACUAAAGAUCCAAUCCCAAGUAUCUCAGCAUGUGGAAAGUAUGUUCUACAAGAAAAGUCUUUCACUUCCUACCCAUACAAAACAAGCAUUUGAUCAACCUGCAGAGACAUUCCCUGUUUUGGAUUCUAAUUCCUGGGGUGAUACAUUGGACAUUCCUUGUUCCCAGGAUAUACUAAUUCCUAAAGGAAUCCAGCAAGAUACCAUGAGAAAUUAA